AUGAGCUCCACUGUGGCUGCAGCUGCACCUGCAGUGGGGGCUGCCUCCAGGAAGGAGUCUCCAGGCAGGUGGGGCCUGGGGGAGGAUCCAGCAGGCAUGGGCCCCUCGCUCCAGUGCCGCGUGUGUGGGGACAGCAGCAGCGGGAAGCAUUAUGGCAUUUACGCCUGCAACGGCUGCAGCGGCUUCUUCAAGCGGAGCGUUCGGCGGCGGCUCAUCUACAGGUGCCAGGUGGGUGCUGGGAUGUGCCCGGUGGACAAGGCCCAUCGCAAUCAAUGCCAGGCCUGCCGGCUGAAGAAGUGCUUACAGGCAGGCAUGAACCAGGAUGCCGUACAGAACGAGCGCCAGCCGCGAAGCACCGCUCAGGUCCGCCUGGACAGUGUGGAGUCGGACACUGAGCUCCGACCCCAGCCCCUGGGGGCUCCCUCGGCCCCAGCAGGGCCCAGCUCACGGGGCCCCACGCCCGUGUCUGCAACCAGGGCCCUGGGCCACCACUUCAUGGCCAGCCUUAUAACAGCUGAAACCUGUGCUAAGCUGGAGCCAGAAGACGCUGAUGAAAAUAUCGAUGUCACCAGCAAUGACCCUGAGUUCCCCUCAUCUCCAUACUCCUCUUCCUCCCCCUGUGGCCUGGACAGCGUCCACGAGACGUCGGCUCGCCUGCUCUUCAUGGCUGUCAAAUGGGCGAAGAACCUGCCUGUGUUCUCCAGCCUGCCCUUCCGGGAUCAGGUGAUCCUGCUGGAAGAGGCAUGGAGUGAGCUGUUCCUUCUGGGCGCCAUACAGUGGUCUCUGCCCCUGGACAGCUGCCCUCUGCUGGUCCCGCCAGAGGCCUCUGCAGCCGGUGGCUCCCAGGGCCGGCACACACUGGCCAGCGUGGAGAUGCGCAUUCUGCGGGAAACUAUUUCUCGAUUCCGGGCAUUGGCGGUGGACCCCACAGAGUUUGCCUGCAUGAAGGCCCUGGUCCUCUUCAAGCCAGAAACACGGGGCCUGAAGGAUCCUGAGCACGUGGAGGCCUUGCAGGACCAGUCCCAGGUGAUGCUGAGCCAGCACAGCAAGGCCCACCACCCCAGCCAGCCCAUGAGGUUUGGGAAAUUGCUUCUACUCCUCCCAUCUUUGAGGUUCAUCACUUCUGAACGCAUCGAGCUCCUCUUUUUCCGCAAGACCAUAGGGAACACUCCAAUAGAGAAACUCCUCUGUGACAUGUUCAAAAACUAA